GGAGGCUGAAAGCUGGAUGAGAGCCGCAGUACCGGAAACUAAUAGGCAGCCGGGAAGCAUCUUGGGCCAGAGCAGCUCCUUCUCAGGACUGUAUUAUGGAUAAGUUUGUUAUACGAAAACCCAGAACUGAAGGACACCCUAAGGAGAAAGAUCCCGGAGAAAAGAUUUACAAGCAAGCUACUAUAGAAUCUCUGAAGAGAGUUGUGGUUAUAGAAGAUAUAAAAAGAUGGAAAUCUAUGCUAGAGCUUUCAGUACAGUCUAAGGAGAAUCUAAUUGAAGCCUUAAUGGAAUUAAGGAAGAAAAUACCCUCCAAGGAAGUUUUACUUUCAACAAAAAUAGGUCAUACAGUGAACAAGAUGCGCAAGCAUUCAGAUCAGGAUGUGGCCGCUCUUGCCAAAGAAGUGUAUACUGAGUGGCGAACAUUCUUCAAAGACCAUUCAAAUAGACCCUCAAUAGAAGUGAGGAGUAAUCCCAGGACAGAGAAACUUAGGCAGAAUGCACAGAAGCUACUUGCUGAAGCUCUAGAGCUGGAGAUUGGUCACCCGCUGGUGGAAAAUAUUGAGCGAGAAGCUUUUCAUCUCUCAUCCCGUCUCAUUAGCGCGCCCUACCGCAGGACUGUGCGAGCUCUCGUAUUCGCUUUAAAGCACAAGCCUGAAACGCGGACACAAGUGCAAAGUGGUGUGCUGUCACCUAGCGUGCUUGUGCAAAGCUACAAAAAGUGAUUCAAAGGCCUUUUGCAGAAGGGGUGCAGCGGUGGGGGUAGGCAUAACUAUAUUAUGAAAUAAUGGAGGGAAUCACUUCUGUUUAUUUGAGUAUUAGUGAAUACAUUAACUUCAUAAUUGUUCAGUACUAUCAGAGAGUGUUUCAGGAUAUCCCUCCAACGUCAAGUUCUCAUUUGAUGCAAAGGGUGGUUUGCAGUUCAGAGAGUUGAAGAGGAACGGGAAAGGAAAUUACCUUUAAGCAGCCUGGAAGGUAAUUUCAGCUGGCAAGAGACCAGGUCUUUGUGAUAUUCUGUUCCCAAGAGUGUAUGGCACAAACCUUUGUGGGUUUCAUCACAGGGACUGGCUAGUAUGCUUAAAAGAAACUGGUGACCAAAUGUAGUUAGUUUGUAAAC